AUGAUCAGAAGAGUGGUAUUUCUAAUUUAUUAUAAGUAUUUAUUUCAUUCAUUCAGACACAAGUACAAGUAUAUUAAAGACAACAACAGCAGCAUGCUUGUUGAGUAUGAAAGCUCUAAGUUAUCAGACAUAAUUGAAGAGAGUUUGCUUGAGUCUGAGUUUGAUAAAAUAGAGUAUAAGAGCUUUUCAUCACCAGCAGAAUCUAGCAGGAGUCUGCCCAGCUCUGAUAUACCAGAGUCAAGAUUAGAUUAUGGACUCUUCCUGCCCACAAAUACAGUGGAAUCAACAGAAGAAGACAACAUACUUGUACAGAAGCUGGUGGCACAGCUGCAGAUUUAG